AUGAAGAGGCUCACCUACGCCCUGAACACGGCCCACGACAGGACUCGUGACGAGACACCGUUCGUUUUGGUCCAUGGUUGGGACCCACGAUCCACGCUCGAAGCGACGUUGGCGGUGGGCAACACGUCGACACGCGAUGUAGAAGCCCGUCGUUGGAGAUUGCGAAUUCAACGCCAUUACAAGAUCGCCCGAACCCAAGCACUGGAGCUCGUCCGCGAGGCU